AGACGGGUAGGGGUGCUGAAUCUUUCAUAAUUUAAUACUUUAAAUUUUAUAAUAUUUUCCAGUGCUCCCUGUUCAUUAUUUGUUCAGUCUGAUAUAAUAUAUUAUAAAUCUGCAAUGGAUGACCAAGGUAGAAAAGUUAUUGUGUGUGACAACGGCACAGGAUUUGUGAAAUGUGGAUAUGCUGGCAGCAAUUUUCCAGCCUUCAUAUUUCCAUCAAUGGUUGGCAGACCAAUCAUAAGAGCAGAGAAUAAAAUUGGUGAUAUUGAUGUCAAGGAUAUUUGUAUACGAGAUCUUAUGGUUGGAGAUGAGGCGUCCCAGUUGAGGUCUAUGCUGGAAGUUAGCUAUCCAAUGGAGAAUGGAGUGGUGAGGAACUGGGAAGACAUGUGCCACGUCUGGGACUAUACCUUCGGGCCCAGCAAGAUGAAUGUGGACCCCAAGGAGACCAAGAUAUUGCUCACGGAGCCUCCGAUGAACCCCACGAAGAAUCGCGAGAAGAUGAUCGAGGUUAUGUUCGAGAAGUAUGGAUUCGAUAGCGCAUACAUCGCGAUACAGGCGGUUUUGACGCUGUAUGCGCAGGGUUUGAUAUCCGGCGUCGUCGUGGACUCUGGAGAUGGAGUGACGCACAUAUGUCCUGUGUAUGAAGAGUUCGCGUUGCCACAUCUGACCCGGCGGCUGGAUAUAGCGGGGAGAGAUAUCACCAGAUAUCUUAUUAAGUUGCUUCUACUGCGUGGUUACGCCUUCAACCACUCGGCAGACUUCGAAACAGUCCGGAUGAUGAAGGAGAAGUUGUGCUACAUCGGUUACAACAUAGAGCAGGAGCAGAGGCUCGCCUGGGAGACGACGGUGCUGGUAGAACCUUAUGUGCUACCGGACGGUCGAGUGAUCAAAGUGGGCGGUGAAAGGUUCGAGGCGCCCGAAGCUCUGUUCCAACCUCACUUGAUCAAUGUGGAAGGUCAGGGCAUUGCUGAACUGGUCUUCAACACUAUACAGGCAGCUGAUAUUGACAUGCGUAACGAGCUGUACAAGCAUAUAGUGCUAUCCGGAGGCAGCACCAUGUAUCCCGGGCUCCCGUCGCGACUCGAGAGGGAGAUCAAGCAGCUGUAUCUGGAACGAGUGCUCAAGAACGACUGCGACAAGCUCAACAAAUUCAAGAUCCGCAUCGAGGAUCCGCCGCGGAGGAAGGACAUGGUGUUCAUAGGCGGCGCGGUCUUGGCCGAAGUGUGCAAGAACCGGGAUAACUUCUGGCUCACAAGGCAAGAGUAUCAGGAACAGGGCCUUGGGUGUCUUCGUAAAUUGGGACCGAGAGCUAGUUAAUUAUACACUAUACAUAGUUACAUAUUACUGUUUGCAAAUACCAUUAUCCUGACAAUAUUUUACUUUCAAUCUACUUUGACCUGUAAUGCUCUACUUAAAGCACUCUUCCAAAACUCAUUCUCUACGUAAGGGCAAUCCUAAAGGUUUCCAAAACAUUCUAAAGAAUGUUUUGGAAACGUAUAGAAAUUUAUAUAUUAUUCUAAAACCGCUGUAUAUAAAUUGACGUGUAUUUGCUGUAACGGAUUAUAAGAAAAAUAGUUUUAAAUAGUACCGCUAGAUGCGCUGUCUUGUGUUUUUAUUUAUAUAUAUCUAAGUCGAUGUGAAUUUUAUGUACAGAAACCAAUGACGCACUAUAUACAUAUGGACAUACCAUUCGAUGCCUGAUAGCGAAACGGCAAUAGUGUGCUUAAAGACAAUGUAAGCACACUUCUCCUUUGUUGUGUGUAAAGUGUGCUAUAAAAAAGUGCUCAAAUAAUACGUUAACGACUAUUUUAUAAGAUGGGUUGGCAAAAAGCGUAAAUAAUUUAUUAAAACGAAUAAUUUUUUCAUUAAAAUAUGGUGCAAGUAUUCACAUCCCUUUCUUUCCCGCUUGCCAGAAUGAGACAGAUGAAAGGACGCGACCAGCACACAGUCAUAAAUGAAAACUAUAGAGGCGUUCGUUUUUUUAAAGGCCCAAGUGAACAAUGAUUAGCAAUAUUGUAUUUUUUGUACAGAAAAUCAUUGCCGCUGAAUGUGAACGGCUUACAAGAACGUGAACAAUUACAAACUAGUGCUAUUCACACGGUGCUAUCACAGACGUAUCGUAAUUGAUACUUAAAUCCACCGCAAAUCUGUAAAAACUUAUUAGAUCCAAAUCCAAUAAAUAAAAAUACAAACUUCCGACUUAAUACUCUGAGUGCGAUUUUGAUCAAAGCCGUAAAAAACCUCUGACUGAUAAGAUCAGAUUGACAAACGUAAAACUCCGGGUUCGAGUCGUGCGUCGUUCAUACAUUUUGGUUACAAAUAUAAUUUAUGCUCUACACUUAAAUUUAAGGCCGACGCUAAGAUCUAUAGAGCGUACUUAAACUUUGCUCAGACUUAACCCACAAUCCAAGAACAAUGAAGGUCAUAUCAUCAUUUGGAUCACAUCUGCAGUGUACAUGGAUGGCAUCAAGCAAGGUCACCCCUGAUGGAACUCUGGAUUACAUCCGUCUAGAUUACUCUUUAGGAUGUUACGCGAGGAAUUCAGGCCGUAUGAGAUAUUUAUAUAUUAAAUUUAAUAUAAGUUUUCACUUUAAUAAAUAAGACACCUAAUGUAUUCCUUAUGUUUUGUAUUAGUUAUAAGAAUUUUUUAUUUGUUAUAUUUUAAGUUUGAUUUCAAAAUUUUUAUAAGAUUUAUGAGUAAAAUGACUUCAAAAUAAUAUAAUUAUGUCAAGAUGAAAAGAAAUAAAACAUUACUUUUGAAAUUUCCAUUUAUAAGUUCAUUAUUAUAAUCUUAAUAGUGUGAACGUUCCAAUGUAUUUAAUAAAAAAAAUUAUCGCCGUCUUUCAAGUUCGAAACUGUAACAUAGUUUGUAUUUUAAUAUUCUUAAUGUACAUAUAAACAGCUUCAGUCGGGAUUAUUAACAAAACAUAAUCUAGCUAAUGUCCACGUGUUCGUCCGUGUUUAUUUUCGUAUCGGUAGUGCGUAUAUUUAAAGUAAAAAUUGUUUAUUUGAUAAAAAAAAUCAGUAAGAAUGCAGCAAAAUCGUGACACAACUUAAUACGAGUACCGGUACGCAAGCGAGCGAACCGGUACGACGGGGAGGACAGACUGCUUUUCUUCACUCUCUACUUGUAUCUAUAACACAUACACUUAACUGCUUAGUCUGUUACGCUAUGGGGGGUAGAGGCAAGAAGGAUCAUCCAUUAAAGGAGUAAAGUUGACACUUUGUGCAGCUUAUGCUGUAAAUAACAGUUCAAAAAACUUCCACAAUGACGCUCUUAUUAGAGGGAAAGUGCACCAAGAGUGUUUAGUAUUAUUUUAUAUUUGGCUACUGUGAUGAUGCUUCUGUGGCGCCACCCUACUUUAAUGCAUUUUGACGGACACUUUCUUAUACACAGAUGAUUCUCCUUACCUCUACCCUCCAUGCUAAUGCGAGUAUAUAACCAGCAGACGUUUUUCACUACCAAACAAAUGUCAAAAUUCACUGGCAACAGUAUGAUUUUGCACGCGGAUAAUAUCAAUGGAAUUAUUAAUAUGACUAGUUGAUGUACAUGUAUGUGGGUAGAUUGAAAUGGACACCGUAUAUUUUAUAUUAAGAUGUAAUUAAGACUGUAUUAUUUUGCAUUUAAUGUAAUCAAAAAUAUUGUAAUAAAAUAAAUCUACUUAAUUUGA